AUGAGAACAUCAAGUCCUUUGCUAUCUCCAAGCAGUGGCUACAAAACUGCCAAUUUUUAAACUCCAUCUAAUAUUAAGCAUUCUUCAUAACAUUCAACUGUUGGCACUCCAAAUAAAUCUCAUUAAAGAAACAUCAUUAAUUUAAAAUCUGCAAGUUUUCAUUAUUCUCCGCAGCCAUUUGAUACUUCUAGACCUAAGAUUACCUCAAAUUACUUUAAUCAAUAGAUUAUUACUAAAAAUCACUCUAGGUAUGAAAGUCCGUUUAAAAUACUACUUAAGAAUGGAUAUGAUUAUCAAGAGGAAAUAAAAUAGUUGAAGAAAGAAAAUUAAGAUUUGCAUACAAUUGUCAAACUUUAGAGAGAGUAGCUAUAACAAACCUAAUUGGAUCCUUAAUUAAUGGAAGAAAAUUAAAUGUUAAAGGAAAUAAUUCAAAGAUUACAAAAAGAAAAUGAUGAAUACAAAAGAUAAUUAAAUAAGUGA